UGGUAGUGUGACAUCUUUGCGGUGUCCAUCAGAUAAACACUUGUGUUGGUAUUUUGUUGCUGCCUGUUAGCUUGAAACCUAAAUUGUCUCAUCGGUGUCGUACUUGGCACAUGAACGGGCUAUUAUUUAGCUUUUCCUGAAGCUAGUUUUGCUAACAUUGAUAGCCGUCUCUCUCCAGUCGAGGGGAGUUAGAUGUAGUCGUUUUCCUGUCGUUAGUCUCAGUGAUAUUACAUAAUGUGGCGGUAAGCCGUCGGUUUAGCUUAAUACCAGUCCGGUUUUUUAAAUAUACGCCCGUAACUCUCAGGCCUGUCAGAAACAUUGAGGUGACAUUAGUUGUACUAAACAAUGGGAGUCAACAGAGUCUACAUUAGCAUAGGAUAUGCUACCUUUGGCACCCUGGUUGGACUUUCGGCUUUCUUCGUCUGGAAUAUAGCUUACAAACAGCCAUGGACGGCGGCCAUGGGAGGCCUGUCAGGAGUUUUGGCGCUCUGGUGUCUUGUCACACACAUCAUGUACCUGCAGGACUUCUGGCGCACUUGGCUCAAAGGUCUCAAGUUCUUCAUCGCUGUUGGUGUGCUCUUCUCCGUUUUGGCGGUGGCUGCCUUGAUCACCUUCCUAACUAUCGCCAUCACUCAGAAGCAAUCUCCCACUGACCCGAGGAGCCUCUACCUCUCCUGUGUGUGGAGCUUCCUGACUCUGAAAUGGUCCUUCCUCUUGGGUUUAUACUCCUACAGAUAUCGCCAGGAGUUUGCAGACAUCAGCAUCCUCAGCGAUUUCUAGUCAGUGCUGAUUUCACAGACUGCAAUGGACUUUUGAAGGUUUUAAGCUGCCAGCAGGAGCUGGUCAAAGAGCUUUUGUUACAAAGAGGUGGAAAAGCAGACCUGGCUAGAUUAUAAAAUCAUCUGACUUUUACCAUACAUGGAGUUGCACUUGUCGCACUUGCUUAACAAGCUUUGUAUUUGUAUCGUUACCUGUUCUCCUACUUUUAAUGACCCACAUAUUAUACUCCUGUAAGUAGUCAUAAGUCUAAACCUCUCAAGACUGGAACUGCUUUUGAAUUAAUUGCUUGAGGCGAUUAACAGAGAGACAUGCUGUGGUUUGUCAGACAGAUUUGAUUUUGGGAUUGUUUAAUCUUAAAACAGCUAAUGCACACAAGGAAAUCCCCACCAUAACCGGCUUUUAAUCCAUUUGAUAAGAUGUUGAAAUGAAAGUGAAAAUACUCUCAAAGCUGAAAUCCUCACAACCAAAACUAAAACCUACCUGAAGCCACUCUGCUAAUUGCUCUGUUGACGGUGUUUGUUGGAGUGCUUGAAUGUUUGUACCCAAAUGAGCUUUUUCAUAGUUGCAGUUUUGAACCUCAUAUCACCAGACAGCCACUGUCUUAGUGUCUGCAGAGUCGGUCUCUUCGCUCCCUUCAUCACCAAUGAAACAAUUUGAGAAACAAAUCUUUUUAAAUCUGAUAAAGUAUGACUAGUUGAGCUCUCACUGAAAGCUUUUUAAAGAGGAUUGUAUAUGUCCUCCCUUCAUACCCUGCUUUCCUUAUAGAAGAAUUGAAGAAAAGGCAUUCCUGUGGAAUCUGUGCUUUUCAUGUUUUAGUCCACCAGGGGGAGACUUGCUUUGUUUCUGUCAAGAGUCCACUGGAAAAUGACGACAUUCCUCUGAAGAGAAAACACAAAUGAAUUUGAUAUAUAAUUGCACUUUAGUCUUUGAUAUGGAUGCCAUUGUUUUGCACACAGAUCCUGAUACAAGGGGUCAAAAACAAAUCAUGUUUUACACAUGGUCAUCUCUGUCUCACCCUUUUAAAUGUUGAAAUACACUGUUUAUAUGUAUCAUUUAUUUUACAGUUCAUAUGAUUUGUGUAGGUCAAGUUAAAUCAGGUUUUGUAAUUGGUUUAGUUCCAGCUGUUGCGCAUGUCUACCUUUUAACCAUAAAACAUGUUUAAAUGUAUUUCUGUUGAUAGAGAAUGAAUGUGAGGAUGCUACAUGUAUAUAGAACUCAUUAAAGUCGCAUUAAUUGUUAAUUAAA